AUGGUGGGAGAAACAGGCACUGGAAAAACAACUCUCAUCAAUACUAUGAUCAACUACAUCUGUGGUGUUAAGAGAGAAGACAAAGUUUGGUUUGAGAUCACAGAUGAUCAGAGUAAAACAGCAUCAGUUUACAGUCAGACAUCUGCUGUCACUGUUUAUGGUGUUUAUAUACCAGAGAGUUCAGUUGAUUUAACAAUCAUUGAUACACCAGGAUAUGGAGACACUCGUGGAGCUGAGCGUGAUAAAGAGAUUGCAGAGAGUUUCCAACAUUUAUGUACAACUGAAGAUGUGAUGAAUCAAAUCAAUGCAGUGUGUUUUGUGAUGAAGGCAGAUCAAAAUCGACUCUCUGACAGACAACUAUACAUAUUUGAUUCUGUUCAGUCUUUAUUCGGUAGAGAUAUUGCUGAUAAUAUUGUGUUACUCUUCACACACUCAGAUGGUUUCCCCCCUAAAAAUGCCCUGACAGCCGUCAAAGAAGCUAAAGUCAAGUGUGCUGUAGAUGAGAAGAAGAAACAGCCGAUCUAUUUUCUGUUUAACAACCGUCAGGAAGAACCAUUUGAUGAAGAAUAUCAAACAAUCCAGGAUCAAUCAUGGGAUCUCAGUUUUAGAGGAAUGGAGAGGUUUUUCAACUUUCUUGACAUAACACAACCAAAAACCUUACAGAUGACUCAAGAUGUGCUGAAACAACAGGAUCAGUUGGAGGGAAACAUCUCAAAUCUCCAUUCACGUGUUAAUAUCAUAGAACUAAAACAAAAUGAGCUGAAACAAACUCAAGAUGCUCUGGAGAAACACAAGCAAGAUGGGAAAGAGAAUAAGAACUUUGAGUAUGAAGUUGAAGUGUCAUAUAGAGAAAGUGUUGAUAUUGAUCGUUCUGUAUCUUAUAUGGCAAUGUGUUGCACUGUCUGUGAGGAGAACUGUCACUAUCCUGGAUGCUGGUGGGCCAGUAAUCUCUCAUGGUGUAGUGUGAUGAAAAAUUACCACUGCACAGUGUGCACAAAGAAAUGUCACGUCAGCAAACAUGUCAAAGCUGCCAAAAUAUAUGUAACAAAGACAAAGACUGAGACAAGAACUAAUGAAGAUUUAAAGAAGAAAUAUGAAGACCAAAUUGGUGAUGAUGUGUCUUUAAUCAACAUGCUGGAGGAGGAACUACAAGAAUUAGAGAAGGAGAAAAUCAAGCUGUUGAAUGAAGCUUAUCACUGUGUGGAUGUUCUACAGAUGAUGGCACUCAACACAUAUGCUCUGUUCACACUUCUGCACAUUGAUUUUCUGAUCGAGAAGUUUAAGGAAAUCAAUGAACCUGAAAAAUGUAAAGCUCUGGAGGACAUCCUGAAGAGAGAAGGAGAAGGGCGAAAAGGAGCACUUCAUUAUGUAAAAAAUCUAUACACAAGAAAAUAAACAAGAAUUAAAACUGCAAGCAGUGAUGGAAGGGCCCUCGCACACAUGACACCACCACGCCGUGGCAUAAGAAUUAAAGGGGACAGUUGUAAAUUUAAGCAUGUAAACAUGAACCAUUUAAAAGUGUAGUAUAAUGUGCCAUAUUUCCCGCUGCUAAUUACAAAUGACAGUGAGGUAGCAUCGUGUAAGAAAGCAUGAGAGAGAGAGAAAGAGAGAGAGAGUGAGUGAGUGAGUGAGUGAGUGAGUGAGUGAGUGAGUGAGUGAGUGGGUGAGUGAGUGGGUGAGUGUGAGAGAUUAUAUGUAAAUAUUGGCACGUAGAUUUGUUCAGUCCAGAACUCUUAUUAAUCAUGUAAAAUGUAGGGCAGAUCUGACAUUGAAUAAUCAGUGUAAAACAUGUCACUUCUAGUUGCCAGCAGGUGGCGCUAUGGCCAUAAGCGAUUAUUGGCACGUAGAUGUGUUCAGUCCAGGACUCUUAUUAAUCAUGUAAAGUUUGGGACAGAUGGGACAUUGCAUAAUCACUGUAAACAUGUCACUUCCUGUUGCCAGCUGGUGGCGCUAUGAAUAUAAGUGACUAUUGACAUGUAGAUGUGUUAAGUCCAGGACUCUUAUUAAUCAU